GGGGAGAAGAGCAGUGGGAAGCGUGACAAGGGUGGGAGCGAGCGUAGGGAUGGAGGUGGCGUUCGAUGUCCGCGCAGUUUCGAGCCAUCCCCGUCCGGAGAGAAUCGGCAUGGGGGUGGGUCGAGUUCGAAAUGACGGAGAACGGAUUUUCCGUCUAGUAGAACGCGCGACCUCAGCCCGGUAAGAUCGACGCCGCCCUCGCCCCCGAGACAACACGAGACGCGGUGAAACAAACCGACGAACGAACGCGACCACGAUUCCGCUUAGAGCUGGAACGCUGCCGACACCCUUCGCCAGCGUUGUAUCUUUAUUUUUGGGCUAUCGAAGGUGCAGAGUAAUUUUCUCUCUGUUCCGAAUCUUGGCAAAUAUAAGAAACACGGUUCGAUGGUCAGGAAGAAGAAUUGAAAUUGUAAAGUAAUAAAAGAAAGCAGAAGAUCAUCGUAUGAAUAGAGAAAAAGAUAUCGAUUGAUCAAAGAUCAUUGAAAUUUAAAGAGAGACACUACGAUUCUAUAUUUGAUUUUCGCGAUCGCCACGCUGGAAAUGAACAGGAUCGCCUGGUGCGCGAACACUGACGGAGGUUGAUUCGCAAUCGAGGCAGAGGCAGGAUCAAAAGAAAUAGCUCGGUGUCCCGAGAUGAGAAGGAAACGUAUGAAAAGAUUCGAAGAAACGCGCGCAACCAGAACACGUAGGAUGUCGGACUGAUUGGCCAUAGGGGAAGAGAGAAGGGACCGGAAGUGUGACGCAAAGUCUGAAACUCCAGAGAAGGGCCGCUUGUACUCGCUGCUGGGCGGAAAUUUCGAUCGUAACUGAGAGACCGACACGGUAUCGGUUUUAUGUUGGAGAUCGCGCCACGUUUCCGUAACGGCGUCGUCGAUGAGAUUCGAAGAUGCCAGACAACGCAAACUGCCACGCGUCGCUCGCGAAAGUUAAUACCGACUCAUCCCCCAAGAUCUGCAAACGCGAGAACGACAUUGCGUUAUUGGAUCAACGUCACAGUUAACAAACAUUGACUAAACAUUCACGAAGAAAGGAUCCACCGUAUUGUUCACCAAAAAAAAAAAAAAAAAAAAAAAAAAAACGAAACCUACUUUUAAAUAAGGAUCGUCCUAAGCAAGCAAUAUAAAGCUAUAUAAGACGCUAUACAAAAAUCUACAUAAAAGAAGUUAAAAAACAUCGUUCGUUGAAAGCUGCAUAAUCCCUGCUACGAUACUUAGGACAAGAAAAGAGAAAGGAGAGUCCUGCCUUUAAGGAGUAUUUACCACGAUUCCUCCAAGUUUUUCAUUAAAAGUUAAUUACGAAAGGGACAGUCGUUCGAGACGUAGCCCGUAAAAAUGGUCGACCUUCAAUUUUGCAGAAGUUAGGAACCACCGAAAGAUUGGAAGGUUUUGAAGUCGUUUCGAAGAAACGAGAAGAUCGCGGUCACUCCCUCGCGUCAUUUAACCUACGAUUUCAAAAAAGCUAUCUAAAGUUUCGUCGAUACUCGCGCGUAGAAAGUUUAAAACACCGGAUUCAUUGUGAUUCGAUUCAACAAUCGAACUGCCGGAACCAUAGCAAACGACGUUGGAGACGAGCACCUCGUGGUCCUGGAAAGUGGAAAAAAGCAGCGACGACUCGAUCGACGAAAGACUCGAUGAAUUCGACGACCUAAACUGGUGUCACGACCACCUGGACGCAUUCGCCACGACGAACCUGCUGUUCUUAGGAUCCAUUGUGCUCACAUCCAAUAUCAGCGACAUUCAAAGGCUCCGCCGCCUCCUGGGGUACUGCUUUUCGAUGACGAUCGAGCGAUUGACAUUAGGCAAAUGGUGUUAGCACCCGUGAGACGUAUUUCGUGCUUCUUCGUGUGGAAAAGUCGACUCGAGUGUGUAACUGUGGCGCGCUCGAUACAACGUCCCGUUGAAACGUGACUCUCCAUGCAAUCAACUUGCAAGCCGAAGUACGUGGCUAAGGUGUCAAUAGAGCCGAUAGCUAACGCGGAAAGCGGCCUCGAGAUCUUCCCCGAUAAAAGAAAGUUUUCGCGACGACUGUAAAGUCUUGGUUUUAUUUCGAGCCGUUGCUUCCUUGAAAUUUAUCGGAGUUCAUUAACAGAGACGAGUGAUACUUGGCGAUCCGAAUCGAAGUUUCCGAAGACAAUAACAAAUCGGGUUUCCCAGGCGCAAGCGGUGCCCUAGAAAGGUAUAGAAACCUACCGGAGUAUAAUUUCCAAUACUACAUCGAUUGGUCCGAUUACACAGUAACAGCUUGAAGACAUCGUUUCUGAACUGGAACAACGAACACGAGCUUCUGACACCGUCCAUCAAACGGAUUAUCCGUUAGAAAGAUAGACGUUAAUGGUCUCCAAGGCUCGAAACAGCAGCGAGAGAGAUUUCCAAAUUUAUCUGAUCUUUGAGUUGGAACAACGAACAGGCUUCUGGCACUGUCGAUCAGACGGAUUAUCGAUCGUGAAUUACCUACGUUAAAAGUCUCAAAGAUUUCAAACGACAUCCGAAGGAUCUCCCAAAUUUGUCUUUCUCUUAGAAAAGAAUUUUCUACCGAUACUAAACGAUACUCGACCCAAGAAUCUCAAAGAUCUCCACCACUAUAACAAAUACUAAUUUUGACACCCGGUUUGUUGGUACUCAUCAAUCAUCACCAUAAACUGGAGCAUCAAGGAAGCCCUCUACUUCAUCGGCCAGCUGGGCCAAAGCGCGGAAACGCCGAAGCAGAGGAGCCCGGACGAAGAGCCCAAAAGGCAGCAGAGGAGUGCCCUGCGGAACCUGGUUCGUAGAUUGAGCAUUAGCAGCGGAAUCGGACGAUACGCGAUUGGUUCGUUCGGUCAGGGUGGGGCAACCGGGCCCAGCGGUGGCGGGCCCGUGGAGAGGUUCGCCGGUGCUGAGGGUACGGAGGCCGUGAACGGUUGCCCGGGUGGUUCGCAGCUGGUGGCGGGGCCUGGAGUAAGCGGCACGGUGUCCGCAUCGGCCGCAAGGGACGGUCGCGGUGUCCUAAGUCGACGGUCGAGUCGCGAACAGAGCCCCGCGAAGUCAUCGGAGGGCCAGGAUGCGCCCACCCACGGGGGCGGGGGUGGUGGCGGUGCCGGGAGCGCAUCCGGUGCUGGCGCAACCGGUCCCGGACAGGAUUGGCGAAGGCUAGUGGGCAGCAUCAGGCGCAAAGUGCGCCGGAAAACCGGUCAGGGCAGCGCCAGCAUCUCCGAGGCCGCGCUGCAUGAAACCAACCGCAACCAGGAUGACUUUCUCAAGGCCACCAUGAGAAUCUUUCUGGUGGUGUCGCCACCGAUGGGACGAGUUCAGGUGCGUUCGAGGUCGUUGACCCAGCUGGACGCUCUGGGCAGCAAAAUGCUGGAUACGGGGGAACACCAUCUGGGGGGUGGUCCCUCGCAACAGCAACCCCAUCAUCUUCACCACCAUUACCAACCUCAGCAAUUACAGCACCACCCCCAAAACGUCGAAAGUAAUCCCCGUUUUCUCGUACCCACGGCGUCGUCCGUCGAGGGAGCGCACCAGAAUCGCACCCGGCACAAGCUGUCUCGGUCACAGGUAUCCAGCAGCGAGUUCUUCAGCGUUAGCUUCGAGCUGUCCGAUGAUUCGAGCGGCCUAGACCGAGACGAACUUCUGCCAGCUGUGAAAGGCACAUACUUGGCGGAUGUGCUGAACGCUGCAUGCGAGAGACGCGGAAUCGACGUGUCGCGGGUCGAGGUCCUCGAUGGCUUCUCGCAGCCAUUACCGAUUCUCACCACGGAUACUUCCAGUCUUGGAGGGAAACACUUGCGGAUAAUAGUUAAGGACAACGACAAAUCGAACUCGAGGUCAUCGAGCCAGAGGAGCAACCAGAGCGUCUCCCUGAGAAAAACAAGCGGGAGUUGUCGGUGUCGCAGCGGUCGUUUCUUCAGCGUCUCGACGGAAGACUCGAGCGUCGACUCCGAGAUCAGUAGCAACACCACGCUUACGUCUGGUCGGAGCUCCGCUGGGGCUGCGGGGCCCAAGACCAGCAAACAGCGAUGGAGUGGCUUCUUCACCAAUACCAAAGGCACGAAACUCGAUCUACUCACCGCUCAGCUGGACGAUUAUAACAAACAUGGCGUGCCGAAACUUUCUGAACUUUCUCACGAACUCAACUUUAACGAAGAUGUCUUGUACAAUUUAGAACACGACUGGCGAGAUAUCGUUCAAAACUCGGAUCAACUAUCGGAGAAGCAACAGCAACAACAAACUGCUUUAUGGGAGCUAGCUCAAACGGAGGUAGCUUACAUAAAGACUCUAAAGGUUGUGACAGACCUCUUUAUGGCGUGCCUCUGUAGCCUGCAGACCUCGAAUAUCCUGAACGAGGUCGACAGGACAAAGCUCUUCAGCAACAUCCCUGAGAUCUACGCAGCGAAUCGCUACUUCUGGACUGAGUAUGUUCUAGUGAUGGUAAAUACAUCGAGGACCACUGGACAACCGCUCGAUCCUGGCCACCUUCUGCAAGGUUUCGAAACAUUCGAGCAAACGUUCGCACCUUACACCAGAUACUGCGCGGAGCAGAGCAAAUGUCAACAAUACUGCAGAGACCGUUUGAAUGAUAAUCAGCUAUUCACGGUCUAUCUCGUGUGGUGUGAAACUCAAAAGGACUGCAAUCGGCUGAAACUGCUUGACAUACUGGUGAAACCUAUGCAGAGGCUGACGAAAUACUCUCUCCUUUUGAAAGCUGUGCACAAGAACACGGAGAACGAGGAACAACGAGCAGAAUUGACGCAUAUGAUCAAAUCUGUAGACGACUUCGUGGCAUCAGUGAACGCAGCCUUGAAGAGGAACGAGGAAACAGCGCGGUUAGCCAGUGCAGCGUCUCGAAUAGAGAAUUAUGACGUGGUCGAAUCUAGAGACGAAGAAUUAGAGAAACUAAUUAAAAUUCACAGCACUUUUGACAUUACCACUGUUCCAAUGCCGGGUUGUCCGAAAGACAGCCUGAGAGUACUUCUUCGCGAAGGAGACCUGAAGUUGAGAGAUGCCGCUAGUAGUAAGAUGGAAGUACAUGUGCUGUUACUAACAGACAUGCUAUUGAUCUGCAAACCGUCGACUAAGAAAACCUCGUCCAGUGGGCUGACUGGCACCGUCGGGGGCGGUUUGAAGAUUAUAAGACAACCGUACGUCAUCGAUCGCAUCCGAAUACACGAGCUGAAGGAACCAAGUAGCUUAGGCUUGGUUUAUCUGAACGAGUAUGGGGCGGCAUCAGCUGCUCUGGUUCUCAGCGCCGGAGAAUCAAAAUUAGCCAAGUCCUGGAUGGAAUCCAUAAGAAAAGCUCAGCAGCAAUUCGCGCUAAUGAAAGUGCCACCACUUGGCAACACGAUGAAUUUGGGCACAGUCAGUAGACAACCGAGCACCUUCCUUGGUGACGUUGAAUUCGAGCCAGAAGAAUGCGAGGGUAUACCGAAAACGCCUCGAGGAAGUAGCAGAGCAUCGAGAGUGAGCAGCCUUGCCCACAGUCACAGUCAUGAAACACCUUCCAGUGGAAGCAUAGAGAUGGAAGGCGUUUCACCGGGAAGUAGCAGCUUCCUGCCUAGCUACAAUGCGAGUAGAAAUGUCAGCGUGGAAACAAGUGAGCCACCGCGAGCCUCGAGCGUAUCGUCGGAAGAAGGAGGUGAAAGUUCUGGGCACAACCACAGACCUUUACAAAUGAGUCUUAACAAAUUUGAUAAUAGACGAUAUCCGCUGAGUAAGUCGCCGACGCCUAACACGUUGAGUGUCCAAGUGCCAGCGUACUCUAGCUUGGGCCAAUCGCUGCCAAAUUUGACCCUAGCCACUUCGCCACAAACUUCGACCGUGUCUCCGACACCGCCAAACUCGCUUCUUAUUGUACCCCAAAUAACAAAGAGCAAGGACACUUUGCUUUCACCAGGGCACCGAGGUAUCUCGUAUCCACCACCAUCGCCCCCGAGAGGGGCGCUUAGAAGAGCGUUCGCGAUACCUCAAUCACGAAACCCACCUCUCGUUAAAACGAGACACAUAAGCUCGUCUGUGACACAAACGGUUCAGCCUACGAUGAAUCUAGACACAGAAGCCAUUGAGGAAAGACGAAGAAGACUGGAACCUUCGCAGAGGAUGCCAUCGACCAGCAGCAUUGCGGAGGAAAAGAAAUGACUAGAACUGGGAUACAGGAGUAACCUGCCGAAAAGAUAAAUUGCUACGGACCAUCUGCAUUUGAUGAGGGUGUACGUGAUAUGUCGUGUUUAGAAACAAGAUGUUCUUUUCUGUUAUCUGUAUGCAAGUGCUGCACACACUUUCAUGCAGAACCAGAAAAUGGUUCAAACAAUUGAGAAUGGAUUCAACUUGAAUAAGUGAACGUCUCGUACUCCCUGUGCCUAUAAUAUGAACCGAGCAAUUUUACAAUCGAUUGGGGCCAUUCGAAAUCAACGUGAAGUUUGUACCACGACCGUAUCAUUGUAACUGAUUUGAUUCUAGCUGUGUAACUUUUAGAUCUCAUUUUGUAAUGAACUUGUCGUGGAGGUUUGAGACAAACAUGUUUCAAUAUUACCCUAGUUCAUUUAGAAUUCUAAGCGACGAACAAAAAAAUGGCCUACCUAGUGUAAUUAAUAUUACAACUAUUUAUCGUGAUUUAAGUUUAGAUGACUAUAAUAGUUGGAGUAAGAUGCCUUUAGAGCAACAAUUUUAAACUAAACGAGUUCGAGUUUUGUGAGUUAAUGAUAUAAAAAAAAAAAAAAAAAAAAAAAACAGGUACGAACAUUUAGAAAGAAAGAGGCUACACACGUAGAGAAAAAUCACACUUUACGUAGAGAAAACGAAAGAAGAAGAAAAAAGAAUGAACAAUUGCGUUACUCUCUCGUAUAAGCUUCGAUCGACACACGACUUAUGAACGUGGACAGAAUUACGAGAGGCACGAAACGAGAGGAGGUGACACGUUUACUUUAAGUACAAACUCUAUUUCGCAAUAUUUUGUUCAAGAGACUGAACUGAAGUGUCGGGCUGUCGGCGAACGUUACCUAACUAGAGACAACAAUAUGUAGAGAGAAAACAAGAGCAAUGAUUUUAUACGAGCUCCUUUACGUAAGAUUUCUUUCAAUCCUCUCCUUCCCAAAAUUUGCGCAGCUUGUAUUAAGCUUAAGGUGUUAAAUUUACUAUAAAAAAAAAAAAGAGUAUUGAUUGUGCGUGUAUGUGCUAUCAUCAUUCACGAUCAAGGUCAAAAUAUAGUACAUAAUUUAUUAA